AUGCAUUCAUUCUCACUAAUAGAGCCUAAACCGCAUGCAAAUCUGCUAGGUGGUGAUCUGUCCUUGCUAACAGAAAACAUUCGCAAGCUGCUGGGUUCUGGUCAUCCUGUUCUCAACACAAUCUCCAGCUACUAUUUUAGUAAGCAAGGAAAGCAUAUUCGUCCACUGGUAGUGUUGUUGAUGGCUCAAGCAACAAGCAUUACUGCGAAAAUGCCCGGAUCCGAUCCUUUUACGAACUCGGGAGCCACGAUCCUUCCCGAAGCUGUUAUUUUACCUACCCAACGUAGACUUGCAGAGAUCACCGAAAUGAUCCACACCGCAUCGCUAUUGCAUGAUGAUGUAAUCGAUAUCUCCAUGACUCGCAGAAACACCCCUUCAGUAAACGCCGAGUUUGGAAAUAAAAUGGCCAUUCUUGCUGGCGACUUUUUGCUGGCUCGUGCAUCGGUUGCACUCGCUCGUCUGCGCGAUCCGCGCGUUGUUGAAUUGCUCUCUACGGUCAUCUCCAAUUUAGUAGAGGGUGAGUUUAUGCAGUUGCGCAACUCUGCUUUAGGCGGCUCAAAAUCUGCCUACAGUGCUGUUCACGAUAGAUUUCAGUAUUAUAUGGAAAAAACAUACAUGAAAACUGCUAGUUUGAUUGCCAUCAGCUGUCGUUCUAGUGCAGUGUUGGGUGGAUGUACCGAUGAUGUUAUCGAGUCUGCUUAUUUAUAUGGACGAAAUCUGGGUCUCGCAUUCCAGCUGGUAGAUGAUAUGAUGGAUUUUACUGUCUCCUCUGCAGAUUUUGGAAAACCGGUCAAUAUUGAUUUAAAGUUGGGGUUGGCAACAGCACCUGUAUUGUACGCUGCAGCUAAAUUUCCUGAAUUAUAUCCACUCAUUGAGCGCAAGUUUGAAAAAAAAGGAGACGCCGAGCUGGCUCUUAAACUCGUACAUGAAAGUAAUGGUGUUGCACAGACACGCGAUUUGGCUCGCGCAUAUUGUCAAGAGGCGAUCAGUGCGAUAUCUGCGUUUCCUCCAAGUCUGGCACAAACUGCUCUGAUCCAACUCACUCAAGCAGUCAUUACUCGUAAAAAAUAG